ACACAAUAACUGAAUGAGUGAUUACUCCCUGGAUCCCAACAAGGCGUUGCCUUGGAUUCUCUGUGGGCCUCACGGCGGUUCCCUGGCCAUCUGUCUUAUUUUCCGGACCCUCAUUUGAUUUUGCCUUUGACGCCUUUGAGUCUAAGAUGCUUUGUAAAUGAUAAUUAUCUGAUGCUAGUUAAGGAGACUGUUGACGACAUGCUUGUCAUGGCGGCGCAAUAUUCACUACUGUUUAAAAAUUCACUGAUAGGUUUCUGCAGCGCCCAUUUUCAAGUAUCAGAGCUACCAGGUCAAAUAGUGAGAUGGUUUAUAUUUUACACAUGUAGACGGAAUUAAGCAGAGAUUAAAGUACUGCACUUGAUCAUUUUUUUUGUUCAUCCUAAAAACACUUCAUGAUUUAGAGAAGUCCUCACGUAAACUCACAAACAAGAGGCUGCAACACAGUGUGUGUCUUCCUUGUCUGUCGAUUUUCAGACGACAUUAUUCAGUGGGAAAACGUGGUGACGUUUACAUACAGAGACUUCAACAAGGAUCGACUAUCAGAAAAUGAGGACAAAACUAUACGUUUUCCAGCUCUUCUUACAGUAUAUUACAACGGUAUAUUCGUGUAAGACAUCCCAGAAAAUCCUCCUCCAGCCUUACUCGGGAACUGCCAUUGCUUAUCCGGAGAAUUAUCCGACCGGGACAGGCUAUGGCAUAAACUUAAACUGUUCCUGGGAAAUAACCGCAGGGGAAGGAUAUCAUGUCAUAAUGUAUCCGACGAGAAUUUCGUGCGGCUCUGACACAACUCUCAAACUAUAUUAUGGUUCCACAACGUUAGCAGAAACAACUGAUUGCGUGAAAUGUCCCGACAUAGUGGGAUAUUGUAGUGAUAUCGUACAGACUAAUUCGUCACAUGUUCUACUGGUUUUAUCCACAUCGUCUUCAUUGGAUAAUGGUGGUUUUCAAUUUUAUUUCAUGGCGGUGAAAACCAAGAGAGCUAAGGUAUGCAACUCAACUGGUACGAAACUGAUGGCAACUAGAAGUCCAAAUUUUAUCACUUCUCCGGGAUUCCCAGCAGAAUAUCCGAAUUUUUUAGACUGUUCCUGGAUAGUGGAACGUGCUGUCACAGAGAGCGAGUCCCAUUUAGUGUUUCAGUUCCGGUCCCAAUUUCUAGAGCCAAAUUAUAUUGGCUGCAGUGAUUACGUCAAGAUAGGCGGACUUGGUGAAUUUUGUGAGGGGUCUGAUGAUUACAUUUUGCAGACCUCUCGUAAUAUGCCAGUAAACGACACGUCGGUGAAUGUGAGAUUUAAAAGUGAUGGAGGCUACGCCCUAAGUGGAUUUGUCUUGGCUUACUAUAUAGAAGAUCCCUUGCUCCCUUGCUCAUGUCAACAUGGAGGGACAUGCUCGAAUUUAACGUGCAUUUGUUCAAAGGGUUAUAAAGGUCCAAACUGUCAAAACGAAUCCCUCACAAUGGUAUCCUUUAGUAGUAGUUCCUCGGAUGUACGUGAAGGUAAAUCGGUGUGGUUUAGAUCGGAAAUAGUGGACAACUUCGACUUUAGAGUCCGAUGGUUUCGGAAGGGAAUUUUGAUAACCAGUGCCUCCACGAGAUAUACAAUGACUUCCUCCCCAUCCAUUAAUGGCACAGAGUUCCACAUGCUGAAUAUAUCACGUGCUCUGCAAAGGGAUACGGGCAACUGGACGGUAAAAGCAUCAAAUGGUGUGACGACUGUAUCAGUGAAUUUUAGUUUAGUCGUUCGCCCAAGCCUUUUGCUGCAGAUGAUGCCUCAAUAUGAUUUCUCGAUUCAAAGUGGUGAAGAAAUAAAUCUUCAAUGUAGUGUUACAAAUGCUGAAUCCCUUAAAGGUUUGACAAACGGAAGUUUGAUUUGGCAGAAGGACGGGAAGGUUAUUUUAUCAGAUUCUGCGUUCAAUAUAAGUACUUUGGAAACAACUGCGACUUUGAGGAAGCUGACGGCAGUACUAGAUGAUUCUGGUAGAUACUCGUGCUCACACUCCGGUUAUCCGGACCCAGUCUAUGAGUCUGUGAAUAUCACAGUGACAAAAAAAGAACAAAAAGUCUGUAGAAACGAGACGUCAGAAGACAUAAUAUGGAAUGCAACGGCUGCAGGAACAACUAAAAAAGAAUCGUGUCCUGAAAAUCAAAAAGGAACUGCGACUAGAUAUUGUGAUACACAAGGUGAUUGGGAACUUCCUAACUUGGUCAAUUGUACUGAUGAAGCUUUUGUGAACGCUUCAAAAGAGCUAGAUAGUUUGAUAGCAGACGGCGUAGAUAACACGGAAAAGUUGCAGGAAACUGUCAACAACACUUUACAGACGAUGAAAAACUUAACUUCAAAGGCCGGUGGACUUAGUUCCGGAGACAUCAGCUCCUCUCUUGAUAUUCUGGACAAGAUUGUCAACGUUACGAAUAUGACAAAUGGAAAAAUCGAGAAGAAGGCUUUCUUCAAGGUCGUUGACAAUGUUUUGUCAACUGACAAUUCGAAAUCAUGGGCUACUGUCAGCGAAAAGACAGCUAAAGGCGCAAGUUCGCUGUUAAAGAGUAUGGACAGGCUUAGUGAAAUUGUCAUCAGAAGUAACAACGUUACUCGUACAACUUUCAGUGGCGAUAAUUUUGAAGUGAGAAUUGACAAAACUAAGAUUGAUGAGAAAGGAAUAAGAUUUCCGGAUGUGUCCUCAAACGGUGUUUCAAACGACACAAAGGAAUUUGCCACAUUUCUUGAGCUGCCAAAGCAAACAGGAAGCGGAAGCAAAGAAAUUAAUUAUGUUGCUGUGAUAUAUAAAACCAUUUCAGAUAUCUUUCCCAAAGCUUCAAAAUCAGAAAGGAGUGUGAAUUCAAAUGAAGCAGAAGAGGCACCUGAUAAGGAGGAUUACGUCAAUUCUGAAAUUCUGUCUCUCACUACACAGACAGAUCUGGAGACGCUGUCACCUCCGCUACAUCUGACUUUUAACCAUAUCAGCAAGAACAAUGACACCGACCUUCAACCUAACUGUGUAUCAUGGAAUUUUACCACAAACAACUGGUCGGAGAAAGGUUGCAAGGUUAGCUUAUCCAACACCACGAGGACAGUUUGCCAAUGCUCCCAUCUCACCAACUUUGCCAUUCUGAUGAGACCAUAUGUGUCAGGAAAGGAGGACAGUGCAUCACUGAAGACUUUAUCUGCCACUGGUGUCAUCCUGUCCAUUGUGUUUACCGUUCUAACGUUCACCAUCUACAUCACAAACUGGAAAUAUAUAAAGAGUGAUCUGAACGUACUGCUGUUAAAUCUAUGCGGAUCCUUGGUUGUUUCCUAUGUAAUCUUCAUUGUGGCCGUGGAAAAGACAAGCGAUGAGAUUGUGUGCACAGUUAUCACAGCCGUCAUUCACUAUCUUUUCCUGGUCACCUUCUUUUGUAUGCUGGGGAUGGGAAUCUACUAUUUCAUGAGCAUCACAGUCACCUACUAUGCCCUGUAUGUUGCAAACAAUUUCAAAUCAAAAUCCAGAGUCCUCUGGUUCCUCAUAGGAGGAUGGGGUAUUCCUUUCGUGAUUGCGGCAUCGACUUUAGGAGGAUUCUGGAGAAAGGGUUAUCACCUUAAAAACUAUUGCUGGUUGUCAAUGGAAAGUGGCUCCCUCUAUCUGUUUAUUAUACCAGUUUGCCUCAUUGCAGUGUUGAACCUAAUUAUUAUUGUCACCUUGAUACGAGUGCUGCUUGCAUCGAGUGCGAUGACAAAAUCAUCAGUCCAAAAAAAGGCUGCGUCCGGACUGAGAUCCCUUGGUACCCUGUUGCCAGUUCUGGGCGUUAAUUGGCUGUUUGGGAUGUUGGCUGUAAACGAAAGUGCAGAGUUUUUUCAGUUUUUGUUCAUAAUAAGCAAUUCAUUACAGGGUUUUUUCAUAUUCGUUUCACACGUGCUGAUGAAUAAAAAGUUGAUGAAGAGUAUGAAGUCCAGAUACCCUGUUCUGGCUGUGCUGACUUUAUCCACGGAGUCGAGCAAAAAGGACCCGACUUCUGUGUCCCGGACUCAGUCGUCUGGAUCUGAUGUUCCACUUAAGGGACUGGGGAAAAAGAAAAGAGCGUCAAAAUUUGGGAAAUUUUCCAAAAAAACAGCCAAAACUAAAAAUGUCCAGAAAUCUGACUCUUUUUUGACAGAAAAAACGGACUUGACAAUGUCGGAAGUCGAAUCAAAGGAGAAGGAGUCAAAUGUCUUAUUAAAAGAAGAACAAACAGAUGUCUGAAUUAUCCAAGAUGUUAUCUACAUUCAAUUUCAUUUAGUACAGGAAAAUUUAUUGAUACGAGUGACAAAGUGAGCCAUCAACAAUUAAUUUCAAACAGAUUUUUCUUAUUUUCUAUAAUAAUAUGUAUUUUUGGAAGAUGCAUUUCACAUUAUAAAUUUUUAAAGUAUCAUUUACACAGCACAAGCAUUGAAUUUUACAUACAAAGUAUUCACCCAAUUCAUUAUAGUACUGUUAACGUAUAUUCAUACCUAAGGGAAGGUUAUGUCAUUCUAUAUAAAUACAUGUAUAUAAAAGGUGUGGGUUUUUUUUUUAAAUAUCGAUCCUAUAUUCCGAAAAUUAUAACAUAGAAUAUAGUGGGGGGAAACAAUUUUCGAAAAUUGAUAUGAUGUAAUUCUAUGAAUAAAAGUAGAUGUUUAACUUCCACUACCGACUGGAAGUAUGAAGUAUUUAGAAUAAAAACAGUUUGUUAUACACCUUAUUUUUGUCCUAUAUAAAACUAUUACAAUUUAUGUUACAUCAAGUCUACCCCAUUUCUAUUGGCGUAUGUAAGUCACGUGAUUCUUGGUCAGCUGCUUUGUUUACGUAAUGGCGAGGUUCACACAUUUAAUUGAUGAUAAAAUAUACAAUUUGUAAGAUGAAAAGGAAAGGAAAACAUGAAAAAUUUAAUUGUUAAUUAGGAUAUUGGGUAUGUUUUCUUUUUAAACUAGUAGAUGCAGGGAUAAAAUUAAUGUACGCAAACAAACUGUCUCGUUAUAAGUUCAAAGUGCAUCUAAAAACACCUACAAAUGAAGGUGUAUAACAAAUCAGUUAUAAACUGCGUCUGUUUUGCUUCACCCUCAAAUUGAUCGACCCGGUCAAUAUAUGUAAUAGGAGAUUUUUGGUCUGUCUAUCUACCUUUUUUAUCCGAAAAAAAAACCCAACUGACCUUGGCCAUAACUUUUGAACAGUUAUAGUAUUUCACGUGUACUCUUUGUGACAAGACCUUUGUUUUGGUACAAAAAUGUUUUACCUCAUGACCUUCACCUUGGAGUUUGAUUUACAUUUGAAAAACUUUAUCCUUACUCACAACUUUUGAAUGGUUAGUGGUAGAUUUAUUUCCCAUAUUUUAUAUGUAUAUUCCUUUUGACAAGACCUAAGUAACAAAACUUUUACUUCAUGACCUUCACCUUGGAGUUUGAUCUACUUCUAAAAAAAACUCUUAACCUUGGUCAAAGUUUUUUAAUACUGAUAAAGCUUUCAUGUUUUUUGUGUGUAUUUCUUUUGACAAGAUCUUUCUUUUGGUACGAAAUGUUUGACUUGGAGUUUUACCUACUUUUGAAAUACAGUUGUACUAACAUACACGUAGCCUGUAACAUUUGAAUGUUUAAUGAUACGACUUUCAUAUUUCACAGGUUUAUUCCUUUUGAUACGACCUUUCUUUGUUUGACCUAAUGACCUUCACCUUGAAGUUUGACUAAAUUUGAAGAAAAAAACCUUGUCCAUGACGUUUGAAUGGUUAGUGAUAGGGCUUUCGUAUUUCACAUUUGUAUUCCUUGUUACAAUAUUUUUCUUAGAGUUCCAUACUUACUUUGCUGCCGUAGGUCAGGGGGAUCAGCGUUUUACAAACACACCUUAUUUCAUUGAACGUUUGAAAGGAUUCAACUCCUAUGAGUACCUUCUGUACUAUUUUAAGGUAUUUGCAAAUAGCUUGCUUAACCUGGGCCGUCAAACAAUCGAUAUAUAUGUAGUAGAAGUUUUGAUUAUCUAAAGAUACAAUAUUUGUUUCACACAAACACGUGGCCUGAUUUUAAUGUGUAUCAUACAAAGGGUCGUCUUUUGGGGACCCGUAAUAAAACUCUGAUAUUCUCAUCAGUUUACGUCAUCAUAAAAAGAGUGGAAUGGAUUUCUUUAUGUCACUGAUCUUUAAAGUUCUUUGAAUCUAAUAAUAUCCUUAUAGGAGUUAUAAAUUAUCACUGUCCCAUGUCCUUCACCUUUUCAUCAUAUACACGUAAAGAUGCAUAAUAACAAACGUUUCGUUGAAUAGCCGUGUUUCGAGUUACUCCGGAACACCCGGGAUUUUUCGUAUUUAGCCACGCCGGUCACGUGAUAUGAGCAAAAUGUUCCACAGGGGUACUUCCGGUUAAUUUUGUUUACACUGGUAACAAAAUUGUUUUUGACAAAAUAUAGAUUUUGCGGCACAAACUGUCGCAAAUCAGAUAAAGGAUAGCAAGGGAUAUAUAUUUACUUGGGAAGAUGUCAAAGUUUACCUUUUCCCAAACCCGGGAAAAGCGUUCACGCAGAGGAAACGAUGGCGUCAUUUGUGUAGAAAACCACGAGCAGCCGAAAUUGAGUGCGAUUAUUACAUUCCGUGAAAGCUGAACCAACAAAGAAACAUCAUUGUUCUAGCCAGUUUGCUUAUAUUAACUUUUAGGAAAACCAAGAGGUUUGUACUGACUCUUAAAAAUAUAAUAUAGACUGUGCAAAAUCUUGUCAAUCUUCAAGAAUAGGUAUACUUGUACCCUCAUCCACAUCUGAGCAGUGUAUGUAUUUUACAACGGUGUUCAUAUAACAUUAAAUAGAGAAUUUCAAUUAUGAACUUAUGGUUCAGGCUCAUAAAAAUUAUGAAGCAAUUUCACAAGGGAGUGAGAGGGGGGGGGGUAUAUAUAUCUGCUAAUUAAAUAAAAUAUGAGAACACCAGAUAAUAUAUCCCUACGGAUCUAUACUAGAAUUUGCAUGAUCAUUUAUUCAAGCUCCAUACUGAUGGUUCAUUCACUGCAAACUUUUGAAUUAUAUCAAAGAACAUUGAUCUUUUCUCCAACUUUUAAUACCAAUCAAGCACAGGCAAUAUGCAUCGCUUGGGGUCGAAUUUACUAUUAAAGAGUACUCUUUAAUAGUAAAUUCGAACACAAGUGAUGCAUAUUGCCUGUGCAAUCAAGGUACUUUACAUGUACAUCAGAUAUGUACAUUUCCACUCAAACUACUUGUAUACAAGAAUGGAACCAGCUGAACAUGAGCCAGGUUAUAUAUUAUAUAUUUGCUCUCCUACCCCUUUGAUUCAGUACUGUGUAAGGAAAUAUACUAUUGGGUAUAUAUAUUUCUUAAAAAGAAUAACAAUUUUCAUUCAUAUUUUAUUCAACAUAUAUAUACACAGGUUGAUAACAAUGGCUGAUCUGCAUAUAAUGACUGCUAGUUAUUGGCUGGUAUGCAGUGAAAGGGAGCUAAAAAGGAGUAAAAAGUUCAUAUCAGCCAGGUAGUGUGGUUUAAAUAAACCAGUGUUAAGGAAUAUCCAGUAAUGGCAUGACAUCAUGAGAGUUUGGCAUACCGACAUUCAGAUGAUUAAUGAUGAAACUGAAGACCUCAAGUGAAAGGCAUGGAAAAUUAUCCUGUUCCCAUUAACCUGGAAAAGAGGAGGGAUGCCACAAUAUUGAUAAUAGACUUUUGUCAAUUUGAGAAGCAAAGAUGUAAAAAAAAAAAUAAAUAAAUAAAUAAAUAAAUAAAUAAUGCUGAAAUUAUAAUUCAUGUAUUUGUUAAAAAUACUGUUCACUGUACAUACAUGUAUAUUUUUUUUAACUUAUUUGGAAAUACAUGAAGUAAUUCAUAUUAAAACUGAAUGUAUGAGUUUUCAUGAUUUUUAUCAAUAAAGCUUACCAUAUUUAUU